AUGUCGAGACAUCGGUGCGCCCUCGACGACGCUGUUGCUCUUAUCGACCACUUCCUUCCUGUUCCCCUUCUGCUGAUCUCGGAUCUGAUGCCAAAAACCCUGGAGGGCCAGAUCACCAUGGAGAAAACACCCAGCUACUUCGUGACCAGAGAGGCUCCGGCGAGGAUAUCCGCCAUGUCCAGGGACACCAAACUGAUCGUGGUAGUGAGGGACCCUGUGACCAGAGCUAUCUCAGACUACACGCAGACUCUGUCUAAGAAGCCUGACAUCCCCUCCUUUGAGAGCCUCACCUUCAAAAACAGGACUACUGGGCUCAUUGACACCUCAUGGAGCGCGAUCCAGAUCGGCAUCUACGCCAAGCACCUGGACAACUGGCUGCAGUACUUCCCCAUGGACCAGAUCCUCUUUGUUAGCGGCGAGCGACUGAUCAGCGACCCGGCCGGAGAGCUGGGCCGCGUGCAGGACUUCUUGGGCCUCAAGAGGAUCAUCACGGACAAACACUUUUACUUCAACCAGACCAAGGGGUUUCCGUGCCUCAAGAAGGCGGAGGGCAGCAGCAAGCCCCACUGCCUGGGAAAAACCAAAGGGAGAACCCAUCCGAACAUCGACCCCGAGGUGGUGCAGAGGCUACGGGACUUCUACAGGCCCUUUAACAUGAAGUUCUACCAGAUGACGGGACGUUUUUUUGGCUGGGAUAACUGAAUGUCUUUUUGUGUUUUAUAAGGUGGAGUGACAGAAAUCCAGUUUGGGGUGUUAGACAUAAACUUGAUGGUAUGAGAAUUUGACACUUUGUGAUUGAAGUUGGAUCGCAGUGAGGGUAAACGUAUAACUAAAUUUAGUUUUGUCUCCUUAUUAAAAAGUUGUUUUUAAAAAUUGAAAUUUACUUUGAUAUUAAAGUUUUUUUUAUUCCCCCAAAAUUUAAAUAUAGAUACACUUGUGUUGUACAUACAGUAUACAUAGCUGAAUCCCAACGUUGAACUUUACAUACAGUAUAAAAAAUACGUAUUUUUUUCUUUCUCACUGUAUGACGUUAAAUCAGACUAAACUUUUCCUUUUGUGGGUGAUUUAGAAUAAAAAAAAGUGUUCCAAUUUCUUCAGAACUAAAAGAAAAAAUUAUCUGAAUUCAGAAAUAUACAUACAUUUCUUGAAUACUUAGUGGAAUUGCUCUUUAAACUUGGGUCAGAGAGUUUGGGUAUUUUUCCAUCUAGUUUCUCACAAUAGCUUGCUAGAAUUUUGACCCAUUUUACCCGACAGAUCUGACGUAACCGUGUCAGGUUUGCAGGUUGCCUUACUCUUCUCUGUCCACAAAUGUUCUGUGGGACUGAGAUCAGAGCUUUAUGAUGGCCACUCCAAAACAUAUAACUUGUUGCCCUUGAGUCACUUCGUAAUUGAUUUAGAGGUAUGCUUCAGAUCAUUGUCCCUUUGGAGGAGACGUCUGCACCCGAUCUUUAACUUUCAGGCUGAUAUCUUGAGAUGUUCUUUCAGAAUUUCCUCACUAUGUUCUUUCCCUAUGAUGGUUUUUUUUUGAGAAGUGUGCCAGUCCCUCCUGCAGCAAAACAUUCACAAAACCUGAUGCUGCGAGCCCCAUUCAUAUGUUACUGUUUACAGUCCUAUUUUUUCCUCCAUAUAUAAGGUUAUCACACUAUUUGACACAUUACCAUAAUUAAAAUGUUUUUCAAUGAGUGAAUUUGUUAAAUAUGGUUUUGAUUUUGAUUUUGUUGAAGCUUCGAGCUUGUUCGUACAGAAAAGACUGUUUAACCAGCCUCAACCAGCGCCAUUCCUUUUCCUCAAGGGUUAAGAUGCACAUUUCUACACAAGGAAGCAGGGUGAGAAUGAAGUGUUGCCUUUAGAUAAAUCUACAGGUGUGCCCCCAGUUAAAUACUUUGUGAAUUUACCAUUACAUCAUCAUCUUGGCUUUCAUAGGUUAUUCAACACAAAUUUUUUUGUACGGAGACAUGUGAAAUUGGAAAAGUCACAUACUAUAUACACACACAUAUAUAUAUAUAUAUAUAUAUAUAUAUAUAUAUAUAUAUAUAUAUAUAUAUAUAUAUAUAAACUGCAUUCUCUAGGUGUCAUUCUCCUACCAUCAGGGCUCCUGUCACUCGUCAAUCAGCACUAACAUUAAGCAAUAUGCAACAGCUACGGAUGAAAAAAAAAAACAAUAUGCAAUGUUCCAUCAUCAGAAAUUCUUCUGACCUAUUCUUGCAUGUUUUUGUUGUUGUUCAAAGAUUCCAGUCCCGUCGCUCCAUUUCAUCUGCAGAAAUGUUUGAAAGCCCAGUGGAAGUGAGGCAGAGAUGAUGAGUAUUAGUAUAUGCAGUUCUUCUAAACGAUUGAAAUCAGGGGUGAAGUUAUGAGUUCCUGUUGUUGUUGUUUUUUUCUUUAAAUAUUAAAGCUUUUACAGUUUGCUUUGUUCUUAGUGGGAAUAAUAAGAACAGAUAAAGAUAUGUAUUUGUAUUUUUGAAAUGUAUUUAUUCAGAAAGUGUAUACGCGGUAUCUAUAUGUUUUGAUUAACUCAGCAACUGUUUUCUCUGAUUAUUAAGCCUCUCCAUUGGAGUUUUGCUAUAUGUUUUUUUUUUUUUUUUGUAUUUUCUUCAACACCUCACUUCCAGGUUAUUCAUUUUUGUAUGUUUUUGAAUGAUAUACGGAGAUGAAUGUGUUGCGGGAACACUUUGCUUCGUGCUCGGUUCCAGAGCGGCGACUUUGUUAUUUCAAGGGCCGUUUCCCCGUCCUCAGUUAAUGAAGCCACAGGCAAAGAGAGCAUUCAGUGUUACUUAACCAACACCGACUCCAAUGGGGGGGGG